CUCCCCUGUCUUGCGAGCUCGCGACGCGGCACCCGGGGCUGCAGAGGUCCCUGGCCACACGCUGUUCGCCCGGGCGGGAUCGGCUCUGUGUUGCGUGAGUACAUGCCUGUCGUUGAACGUAGGUAUUUUUGGAUUCCCAGAUCCCAAUCUACUUCAAGCGCCUUCCUACUUCAAGAAUCGGCACACUUUUGCUAUGUUUUGUUACUAUCUGGGGGGGGCUGGACCCAAUCAACUUAAUCCGCCUUCCUACUUCAUGUUCUUACCUGCUUCUUCCGGCCGACGUUGAUGUGUUGGGAAGUGGGCAGGUACGACUCAAGCAUGCCAACACUAUCGCUGUCAGCAUUCGCCGGUGCAUCAGUAACUCGCCGUUCGAUCUUCAGGCUUCUGAGUUGAGUUUGUUGAACACUGAACAGUCCUUGUGUGCUCCUAUUCGCCAGCGUCAAUCACGUGCCUGAGCACCCAAACCGCCUUUCAUCGGUAACCGAACAUCGCAAGCACGCUGGGUCUCACGUUCUACAUCAAUGCGGAUUCGGAGCCUCAAGGCAUUGUCGCCGAUGUAGUACCCCGAUCCGAAUGUCGCAGUUGUUAUUGCCACUAGUUGGUCAGCGCCGUUAUUCAGGACCGUACUUGAUUUUCAUGGCUCAAGAUCUGCUCUCGAUCAGCAUGGAGAGCAAGAACCGCCCAUCGAAGUCCAUGGUGUCCAGUAUUCGACUCCUGCAGUGUUAAUGCGGUCGCUUCCAUCGAGAGUAUUCGGCGUUUUAUCUGUCGCGGGCUAUUCCGACGCGGUGCAGCAAUUGCGUUCUCGAGAUUAUCAUGAUCUCAGUCCUCCCGAUUUGACCCUGAUCGAUCAGGACCUGACACGUGGGGGUCACCAGGAUCCUGGCACGCCUAAAAAGGUGGUACCCGGGUGGGUCCCGCUGGACUUGAGGCCCCGCUACCAGGAAGUCUUCGACAGGGUCGACGCCUAUUUCAAUGUCGUCGAGAGCCACCUGCCAGAUGUGGAAUAUGACAGGAUCCCCGCGUGCACGGAGAAGAAAAACAGCCCGAACGAGUCGAGACCAUAUAUCAACAGUGUUGUGCACAUCAAACAGAGGACUUGGAGGGAGGUCUGUGGAAACCUUUCGAGUGAUACCACUCGGGGAUCUGAGUUGCGCCUUAUCCUCGAUAAGAUCGUGCCUGGAUUGGAUGACUCUAUCGAUGUUCACAUCCCUUUUGGUCUGCACGAUGGAGUUCAAAACGUCCGCGAGGAUAACCAGAACCAGCCGGUCGUCGGAAUCAUGUACCAUUCGGCGUUCUCUCCUAUCACUGUCCCAUUUGCCAUGGGGUGCACCCGCACUCUCAACCGAGCAAAGGCGUACAUGAACAGCCCUGUUGUGGGGUGGGAUGAUUUUGUGCAGGCGCAUUACACGUGCAAUCAAACGGCGGCCUCCAUUAACAAAGCCGCCUUCCGUGGAAGGGCUCAUUAUAAGCGCUCGAAGUACGGCACCUGUUGUGGGUCCACAUGCCAGGCUGCAUGCGACUAUUUGGAUAAUGGUAGAUUGUUCGCCCACCAGAUGGGACAGGAGUACCCGGAUAUGUUGGACGCUGUUGUCAGCAACGUGGAAGAUUUCGACGUCGGCCUCAAGCCUUCUAAUGACUCGUUUCUGGCGUACCCGCAGCAGUUGUGCCAGUACCGCGCCGUGCUCAACAUUGGGAGCAACGCGGACUGGGCGGAGCGGCUCCGCACGUCCUUCUUCGGCAACGCGGUGGUCAUGUCGCCGCGGAGGGCGCCCCAGGAGUUCUUCUCGAGCUUCCUGCAGCCGAAGAAUGGGCCGGCGAAUUGGCCCAUAAAGCCAGACUUGAGCGACAUGAUGCAGCAGAUCUAUGAUGUCACACAUCUGCAGGACACAUCGUCCCUCAUCCGGGCGCAGAGAGUAUUCGCAGAAGAGUACCUCACCGAGGAGUUCAUGUACUUGUGGAACCAGGUGGUCAUCGAACAGUUUUUCGUCCGCGCGAAGGAGUACAAACAGCAGGGCCGUGCCGCUUACAUGGACAUGAACCGCCGUGCGAGUCGGACGAAGUAUUCGGAGUGGCUGCUGGGGCUGGAGGGCUGCAGCGACAUCACUUCCAAGUGUACCCACAGGGCCACCAUUGAUCCAGCGGAGCUCUUACAUAAGCCGAAGAGCGGAAAGGCCGGGACGCGCUGAAUCCGCGCCGCCGUCUGGCUUGAGCUUCUCACGUUUGCGCUUGGUGCGUGUUGGUUUGUGCCGAUGUCCAGUGGAGAUACACCGCUUCGCGGGGGGCACGGCCUGGCAGUCGUUCCGUCCGCUUCUUUUCUCUUCCGUCCUCCUCCUCCUUCCCUCGCCCCCUCCCCUCCCCUCGUUCUACUCUUCCUCUGUCGCUGUAUCAUUUUGCCCCAGCCCUUUUACUUGGCAGUGUCCAGGCCGCUGCGGGCAAGACGGUAUCCGAGCAGGGAGCGGAUCGGGCUGCGUGCCGCAUGCUUUGCACGGACCGGCCUGGAAAAGAAUGGCGGAUCCAUUCCGAGCUUCCCUUCUGCAUCCGCGCGCGGUACAUUCGGGGUGCCCAUGUCCUGGCAGCUCCUUGGGAGGGGCUUUGGCAGACAACAUCACACGGCUUUGGCUCGCGUUCUACCGUGCCGCUAUGUGAGCUGUGUGACGUUGGCCAGACGUUUGCUUUGGACACUUCCGCCCGUCUCAUGUAGGCAAUUUUGCACGGCCGAUGUAUUGACGUCACACGAAGCUUGGACUGGUCCACCAGACCACGUCAUCUUUGCCGCAACGUCUAUCAUUUUCAGCAUUGCCCCCAUCGAGGGACAGAGCGUCGCACGGUACCAGCGUUGUGCCACAAUUGUCAUCGUCGCCGCCACAGGGAGUCGAUUUGUCCUUUGGUCACGGGCAAAGGGCCGAUGCCAUGAUGUUCGCAAGAGAAUUG